GGCCCCAACCUUCUUCCUACAACCCACCUAAAAGGAUACCACGCUUCAAUCAUCCAUCACGCCUUCUAGCCGUAACCGCUAACAGCAUCAUAGCUGCCCCGUCACGAUGCCUGCUAUCUGAAGAAGCCUGCAGGCACCCAGGCCUAACAAGCCUUAUCUGACUGAAGGCCAUGAUAUGAUCCUUAAGAUUGAAGAAGCUCUUAGGCGAAAUAAGGGCAAGGGCGAUAUGCUGCGUAUAAUGGCUAUAGAUAUUAGAGAGGCCUGGUUUAAUAAGGAUAAUACUAGCUGCAUUAGGAUAGCGAUCUUUAGUUAUGAGAUCCUCCUGCUUAUAUAG